AUGGAAACCUUUAUAAAGAAAUCACAUCGUAAUUCCCAUAAUCAAGAAUCUGUUGGCAAUGAUAAUGAAGAUAGAUUGCUUGAUGCAAAUGAAGUAACUAAUGAUAUGACACUCAGAGAUGAUAAUAUUGAAAAUAAUGACUGGGAUUUAGAUGCCUUCAAAAAAGGAACUGGUAAUUCUAUUAACGGAACUGAACAUUGGGUAGAAUUGAUUCAAAAUUGGAUGAAUAUGAUUGAUGAUAAUGAAGAUAUUUCUGAUCCUUUAGAAUUUAUAUCUGUAGAUCAUACUAUACAUCCUGCUGGUUAUAAUUGCCAAAUGGAGUCUGUAGUAUUUUUAAUGAUAAUUUAG